GCGUGCGCUGCUGCGCCUUGCUCGGCUCUGCUCCCUCUCUCGGGCUCACUCACUGUACGUGACGUCAGACCAGCAUGGCGGCCAAGGUGCAAUCUACCAAGCGCGGGGACCCGACUGAGCUGAAAUCAAUCUUCCAGAAGUAUGCCAGUGUAGCGGACAAGGAUGGAGAGAGGUUCAUGACCUCAGGGGACUUUGUCCAGAGGUAUCUAGGACUCCAUACGCAGAUCCACCACAACCCCAAAACUGUGCAGCUCAUCGCUGCUGUCGCCGACACCACAAAGGACGGGCUGAUCUCGUUCCAGGAGUUCCUGGCAUUUGAAUCGGUGUUGUGUGCGCCCGACACCCUCUUCAUCGUAGCCUUCCAGCUCUUUGACAAGAAUGGAACUGGAAACAUUUCCUUCGAGAAUGCACGGGACAUCUUCAGCCAGACCACAGUGCACCACCACAUUCCCUUUAACUGGGACUGUGAGUUCAUCCAUCUGCACUUCGGCAACGACCGCAAGAAGCGCCUCAGCUACCUCGAGUUCACUCAGUUCCUACAGGAGCUGCAGUUGGAGCAUGCACGCCAAGCGUUCGCCCAGAAGGACAAGGGGAAGAACGGAGUCAUCUCCGCCAUGGACUUCAGCGAUAUUAUGGCCACCAUCAGACACCAUGUGCUGACGCCGUUUGUGGAGGAAAACCUCGUCUCUGCUGCAGGUGGCAGCACUUCUCACCUGGUCAGUUUCUCUUACUUCAAUGCCUUCAACUCCCUUCUGAACAACAUGGAGAUAAUUCGCAAGAUCUACAGCACCUUGGCUGGCACGCGAAAGGACACCCUCGUGACCAAAGAGGAGUUUGUUCAUGCUGCCAACAGGUUCGGUCAGAUCACUCCGAUGGAAAUUGACAUCCUGUACCAGCUGUCAGGCCUGCACUCCCCCUCUGGGCGCCUGAAUCUCGCUGACAUUGAGAGGAUAGCUCCGUUAGAGGAAGGAUGUAUGCCCUACCACCUGGCUGAAGCCCAAAAACAGACCCACGGGGACAGUUCCAGGCCCAUGUGGCUCCAGGUUGCAGAGUCUGCCUACCGGUUCGGCCUGGGCUCCAUCGCUGGAGCUACGGGAGCCACGGCAGUGUACCCCAUCGACCUGGUGAAGACUCGGAUGCAGAACCAGAGGUCCACUGGAUCCUUUGUUGGAGAGCUGAUGUACAAGAACAGCUUUGACUGUGCUAAGAAGGUGCUUCGCUACGAGGGCUUCUUCGGCUUCUAUAGAGGUCUGGUCCCUCAGCUUAUAGGCGUAGCACCUGAGAAGGCUAUCAAACUCACUAUGAAUGACUUUGUCAGAGACAAGUUCACCAGCAAUGACAACUCUAUUCCUCUGCUUGCUGAGAUUUUGGCUGGAGGUUGUGCUGGAGGCUCACAGGUGAUCUUUACCAACCCUCUGGAGAUUGUGAAGAUUCGUCUGCAAGUGGCGGGCGAGAUCACCACUGGACCCCGAGUCAGCGCUCUCAACGUGAUCCGUGACCUGGGCUUCUUCGGCCUAUACAAGGGUGCUAAAGCCUGUUUCUUGAGGGACAUCCCCUUCUCUGCAAUCUACUUCCCUGCGUACGCCCACCUCAAGACUCAGUUUACUGACGAGCAAGGCAAGCUGGGCCCUCUGCAGCUUCUCACUGCUGGAGCGAUUGCAGGUAUCCCUGCAGCCUCCCUGGUGACGCCCGCCGACGUCAUCAAGACUCGUCUGCAGGUGGCAGCGAGGGCAGGACAGACCAGCUACACAGGGGUCAUCGACUGCUUCAGGAAGAUUAUGAGAGAGGAGGGCUUCAGGGCUUUGUGGAAGGGAGCAGGAGCUCGUAUGUGCCGGUCCUCUCCUCAGUUUGGCGUGACUCUGGUGACUUACGAGCUCUUGCAGCAGUGGUUAAACGUUGACUUCGGAGGACAUCGUCCUGCCGGAUCCGAGCCCACACCCAAGUCUCGCAUCUCAGAACUUCCUCCCAUCAACGCCGACCACGUCGGGGGCUACCGCCUGGCAGCAGCUACCUUUGCAGGGGUGGAGAACAAAUUCGGCCUCCACCUUCCCAAAUUCAAGUCCUCGGGCGUGGUGUCCAUACAUCACCCAGAGCCUGUCGCUGCCACCCCGGCUCAGAACCCAUAGAGGUCUAAAUCUCCACGUCACUCUGCCAUCCCUAUCCUCCUCCACCAGGAGCCAGACACUUGCAUAGAUACACACAGUUUAGACUCACUGCACAAGUAGGGGCAUUUUAUUUAGGAAUAAAACAACAGCGGGGUGAAGGUGCUGCUGUGGAUGAAUGCUGACUGUGUUGUGUCUUCAGUGGCUGCACGCUCCUGGCCUCUCCAUCUUUUGUGUUAUCCUCUCCAGCUUUCUUAUGAAACUACUCCUCUCUUUCUCAUGAGUCCCUGAUUUGAUUCAUAUUCAGUUUCUGUCUGAUACUCAGUGCGACUCUCUUAUUGGACAGCGGGCAUAGCAAAUAUUAGAUUGGUCGGCAUGGUGUGCGGGGCUUCACUCCCUCAUGAGGUGACAUACUGUACAUAUUGUAUAACUGUCCUGAGACAACGUGAUGACAGGAAGGAAAAAAGUUAUAAGCUCCGUAACGCUCAGUCGGCAUUAUACAGUUACUGUAAUGUGAAGACAGUGGGGUCUUCGGUCCUGGUCUCUGAGAAUCACUCUUACUGAUGUACAGAACUUUUCAAUUAAGUGUUUUCUUGUUGAAACAUAAUCAUGAGAAGAGAAUUAGAUAUUAAUAAAUUAAAUGUAUCGCAAUUCAGCCAUUGUAUUUUAUUGAAAUAAAUCAUCCAUAUGGUUUUAAUUUUAACAA